GCAGGCGCAACGAAUGCGCACCUCGCGGACGAAUUAUAAUCGAAGUGGUUUUACGAUAAAUUGUGCGAUAUACUGUGUAGUGAUUUUUGAAAACUGGGAGAUACUAAGUUAAAUGCAAGAUGGUGGUGGGAGCCAAAAAGACGUUACAGCAGGUGCCGAGCAAGGGCCGGAUAUCCAUUAUGAAGAUACAGAACUUCACCGUUCAAAAGAAACAGUCUGUGUUCAAAGUAAUGUACGGUACACUUCUGGCAAUACUAGCACUCAUUUCCGUUAUCAUCGAUCCUGUUAAGGUUUUUACAAAUUGGUAUUUGGAUAUACAAGAGGGCAAGUUCAUCUUCAGCAUGUGGGAGAACCCGACGUACCAAUUGUUCUCUGAGGUUUACGUCUUCAACUACACCAAUGUCAACCAGUAUCUCAGAGGAACUGACAAGACUUUAAAACUACAAGAGAUUGGACCUUUUCGAUUUCAAGAAUUUCGCACCAACAGGAACCUUACGGUUGACCGGGAGGCGGGCGUGAUGCGUAUGCGACCCAACAUCGACUUGCAAUUCUUGCAGCAUGAGUCCAUAGCCCACUACAAGGAUGUACACGUCACUAUGCCUAACAUCGCACUUGUUGCUAUCAGUACACUAAUGGCAGACCGUCUAGGAUAUUUUGCCAACGUAGGUGCUUACUACUCUAUUGCAGCGCUUGGAUCUACUCUCUUCAGGAACAUGACUGCUGAGGAACUUCUCUGGGGGUACUCGGAUCCAAUCGUAUCAAUCGCUAAUAAACUGCUGCCAGGAUGGAUUGAUUUCGAGAAGAUAGGAAUCCUAGAUCGGUUCUACGCGAAACGACCAGAUACAGCUGAAGUGGAAAUCGGUGAUGAAUCGAGGAAAUUCUCUUUAAAUUCCUGGAACGAAUCCCCAGGACUGGCUGAACAAGGAUACACCGAUCUUAAUACCAGCAUCCCAUGCAACCGUAUUAAGGGGUCCUACGAGGGUCUCAUGCUGCCCCCUAUGAUAUCCAAAGAUGUCGUGAUACCUAUAUUCAGGAAGCAAGCUUGCAGGAUAUAUCCAUUUUCUUUUGUGGAUGAGAUGAAAGGAGAAUAUGGAUUCAAUUUUUACAGAUUCCAACUCCAAGAGUCCGCUUUCAAUAAAACUUCAGAGUACGCUUGCAAAUGUACUAAAAAUUGUCUACCAGAUGGGUUCGUUGACGUCAGCAACUGUUACUACGGUUUCCCAAUUGCCUUAUCAAAGCCUCAUUACGUGGACGUGGACGCACAACAACAAACAUACUUCGAAGGCAUGAAUCCCGAACCUGAAAAGUAUUAUUCACAACUUGAUGUUGAACCGACUGUGGGAGUACCAUUAGCUCUAUCUAUUAAUGUUCAAAUAAACGUCGCAGUCCGGACGUCUCCGGGGAAUCCAAUCACAAAACCCGUGAAAGACAAAGUUCUGCCAAUAAUGAGGAUAUCGUUGUUUUGUAAAGAAGCACCUCCAGAAGUAAUACAAUUGCUGCGACUUCGGUUCGUCAUCGCCCCACCUGUCGUACUCACUGUACAAAUACUUCUCUUCAUCAUUGGUACAUUCUUUGCAAUCCAAGGGGCUUACAGAAUAUGGAAACCGACUUAUAAAAUAAUCCAGCAACAAGAGAAACCUAAAGUGAGAAGGAAGAGUACUGAAAGAAGAAGAAGUAGUAUUAUUCUUAACAUGUCUGAUAAUUCUGGGUUUAAAGAUGACGAUGAUUUGGCUAAAGAAGCAGUAUCACUGCUAGCUAUUACAGAAGAGGAUGGAGAUUUGCCAGACUUACUUGCCGACUCAUAAUAAAAGUAGCUGAUACUAUAAACAGGCAACACUUUAGAAGACGAUCAAACAAAAGUCAGACGUGAAAUGGAAGUAUUCCUGCGUUUAGCCUGAUUGUGAUGCCAGAGGUUAAUUCUUAGCUCAUCCUUGCCCACCCUUUUCCUCUUAGUAGUUUAAGUUAUAAAAGAAAUUAUUUUCUUCAGUUUGUACUCUCCUCUACUAAGAAAAAAUUGCCUAAAUAUUAUAUGUAAGGAGUCUAUGUGUAACAGUCGUUUAAUUUGAGACU